AUGGCAAGCUCAAGUGAAGCACCUGAUUAUGAUCCCAAGACUGAUCCAGCAAGGAAAGCGAAGUCCAAUGAUCCAGGUUGGAAAUAUGCCUACUGGCAGGACCCAGCAAGGAGAGACUGGGUGACAUGUAUCAUGUGUGGAAAUGAGGCUUUAGGAUGCCUAAAGAGGUUCAAGCAACAUUUGGCUGGUGGAUAUGGAGAUAUUGUCCUUUGUACAAAAGCUACCACUGAAAUCAGGAAAGAGAUGGAAGCUUACUUGCAAAAGAAGAGAAGAAGGCCUUUGUUCUUGGAUGGUAUUGAGGAGGAAGAUGGGGAAGAUGAAGUUGUGGAGGUGGCAGCAGCAGAUAAGAUUGAGGACAUUGGAAAGGACAAUGUUGUUCAAGUUGUGACCGACAAUGGCGCUAACUACAAGGCUGCUGGUUGUUUUAUUGAAGUGCUUGGAAGAAUGAUACCAAAUGUGGAAACACAAAUGAAGAUCAAUAGGCAGGCCAUUGAGUAUGAAGAGCAACGUGGAGAUGCCUUCUCAAACAAAAUGGCAAAGGAAAGCUAUGACAAAAUGAGUCCUCCUUCCUUCAAGGGGUUGUAUGCUACAUGGGAGAAGAGCUUUGGAAAGGAAAGAAAGAAAUAUGGGCUCAAGAAUUGGCAACAAACAAGUUUCACAUCAACACAGGACAGGUUCCAUCUAGAGCGUGAACAUGGACAGUAA